GGCCACUGUACUCAUUGUCAUUUGGCUGUUAUUGAAAUCAGGGCUUUGGCCUGGAAGUGUUAGCUUGCUGUUUAUUCUGGGAACAUGAUUGUUGACCUGUUUAUACAUGACCUGGCUGACGGCAGAGCAUCUAAUGACAGAUGGCGUUGUUGAUUAAUUUAGUCUAGUGAGGUAGCCAGUUUCUAAAUUAUGUGCUAACAUUUUUUCUUAAACUGGCAGGUUAGCAGCAAGUUAUCGGGCCGUUGUCAACCAGGACCCAGAAAAGCAGCAGCAUCAUCAUCAAUGGUGUGUCCACAUCCCGGAGCCGUCACAUUUUCCUGUGUCCGCUCAAUGAACCAUCUCCUCAGCGCUCAUCAAAGCUGCACAUGUAUGGCGUUUGCGAAGCUUGGAGGGGAGUUUUGCCAAGCCCAGCACCUGCUGCUUAUUGUGGACAAGUGAACAGGAGACACCAACUAGGCGCAAACGGGCUCACAGGUCCUUACUGCCAUCCUGCUGAACCCAUAUGAAGACAAGCCAACCUUUAGCCUGUCACCUGUCCUGGGGAGUAGGAGAGCCUUUGGUUUUAUCCUGGGAGUUUCCUCACAGCUCUUCUCCUUUCCUGCUUCGUCUUUCUUCUUCUACUCUGAUUCGUACAAGUCUUCUCUGAAUGGGCUAACAGAUUUGAAAGAAAGAAAGGACAGAUCUUUUUUCUGUAUUGUUUUUUUUUUUUCCUUCUGGACUUUGGGUGUCUUCCCUCCAGUCUUUUUGAUCCCACUCUGCUAGAUUUAAAUUUUUGUUUUUAACCAAGCCAGUUUUAGUUUUUCCUUCAUUGCCAAGAAAAGUCCCCCCCCAUUUCUUUCCCAAGACAUUUGUCUUAUCGUGUCUUUUUAGUUUUUUAUUCAGACUACUUUUUGUCACCAAAGGAAUAGAAUAUUUACUUUCUAUUCCCAUAAAGCAUAAAUCAGUGAAAUUGAUUAAGUGGUUUUUCAUUUUUGGUUUUUUAAACAAUCGGAAGAAUUUCACUUUGAAAACCUUGUCUGUUGCUCUAUUCUUUGAAACACAGUACUUUUCUGAUCAUUUUUUCUUUAUUAACAAACCUCUGUGGGUCUAAAAAUGAACCGACCAGCUCCAGUGGAGAUCUCUUAUGACUGUCUGAGAUUCCUCAUUACGCACAACCCCACCAACGCACAACUGGGAAGGUUUAUAGAGGAUCUGAAGGCAUAUGGAGUAAACACCCUGGUGAGAGUGUGUACUGCUACAUAUGACAAGACACCAGUGGAACAAGAAGGCGUACAGGUCCUGGAUUGGCCAUUUGACGAUGGUUCCGCCCCCCCAGACCAGGUGGUUGAUGAUUGGCUGAGCCUGCUGCAGACAAAGUUUAGAGAGGAGCCUGGCAGCUGUGUGGCUGUGCACUGUGUUGCUGGACUAGGACGAGCUCCUGUGUUGGUGGCGCUGGCUCUAAUUGAGUGUGGGAUGGAAUAUGAAGAUGCUGUGCACUUCAUAAGACUGAAGCGUCGUGGAGCGUUCAACUCCAAGCAGCUGCUUUACCUGGAAAGCUACAAACCUAAACUGUGUCUGCGCUCCAAAGAUGCCAACGGACAGAGCUGCUCUAUACAGUAGGAAUCUACAACCCCAUACAUCUUCACUGCAGCUUCAUAGGAGACUUUCAUCUUUUGAUGUUAAAUGGAAAGUUGACAUGUUUGGGUAAAUGUUUUUGGUAACAUUAAAACAUGAAAUCUAUCUAAUCCAAAAAUUCAAGGACCUCACGUCAGAGUUCUGGAAAGACAACUUCUGAUUUUACAUCAAAAAUGACCUUAAAAAAAGUGGAGGUGUUAAAGGUUUUUAUUCCUGCUCCGUGGUCUGUAACCUCACCUUAAUAUGUAGCAAAAAUGCACAAAUACUUGGCCCAUUAAAGGGAAACCCCACAGUUAAACAGAAUGGAUUUUAACUGUCAGUGUCACUGUGAAAUCAAAAGUUAAAAAUAUUUAACUCUCUGCUGUCGAUGUUAACAGACUUGAGUUAAAACUUUGACGUUGGGAUCAGACAUUAUAGAAAAUUCAGUGUCAGUAGGAAAGUAUGUUUGACAGUUGAUUCGUUCUUGUGAUGUUAAAACAGGUCUGCAGCUUGAUAUUAGUUCUAAGCUACAACACUACAAAUGCAGAAUAAAUAGUAUAUUUAAGAGAUUUGCUUAAAGAUUAGAAGUUUAAAAAGAUUUUUUAAAAUCUGCCCUCAGUUUGAUGCCAAUGUGAUGUAUGCUGUAUUAAACAACACUACAAUCUAUCUACCUACUGUUUGUCCCAAGUCAGAGUCCUAGACGCACAGUCUGCUUCACUAGAACAAACUUGUGUUGGCUGUAAAUAAAUUUGACACUGUCCUUCAUAAUGUCACAAUGGCAACACGUUAAAAGGUCAGUAGGUGAAUGUAUUCAUAAAUGACCACUUUAAGGUUUUGGUAGAUUGUCCUGUUACUGUAGCUAUCAAGUGUAAACACAAAUAAAAUCAUCAAUAAAUAAUAAAUACGAGCUUGGUAAUUCAUCGGCCCCAGUGCUCUAUAUCUCCACUUCAGCAUACACAAUGUAGAGCAACAUAGUGCGUGACAGAGUGGCAGCAUGCAGUAUAUCUUCCAGCUAACAAUUUAGUAUAGAUUAUUAUAUUAGGUGGUAAUUGCGUGAUAACAGUCCAGAACGUACUGUUGAAUGAUAGUAGGCUCCAUGCAAACACAUGAGCAUGUACUAUUUACGAUGGUGAAGAAAUAAGACAGCAUUUAACAACAAAGUGAGCUUUAAGUAAUACAACCAUGUAGAUAAUUUUGGUGCCCCAGCUGUCAUCACUGGACAGUUAAAUUUACUAAUGGGACAAUCUCCUGAAUACUCUCUGUAUUCCUAUUACAACCACCAUGGAACAGGACUGUGGAGCCAACAUGGCUGCCACUGAAACCUUAGUGGCCAUAGUUCUUGUCUAUCUCCGGCUCUGUACUUACCUAGCUGUCCGGUCAGCUGCUGUGUUUGUAAGCUGCUGUUGGUCUUUGUGAUGUUAUUAUUUUUCUGUAGGUUUUAUUUUCUUUCCCUGUACCUUUUUAUCUAUCUGUACUUGUUAUUUAUUUAUUGAUUCCACGGUGUUUCUUUGUGAAAUGUCUGUCUGCUUGAACAAAUCUAUUAGUCUUAUUGGAAAAUUAAAGUGUGUAGAACCAUAA